AUGAGCGAAGAACCACGAGACCCUUUUCGCGAGAUUGCCUCCGCAAUCGAUGCAAUCAGCGCGCGCCUCGACCAAGCUGAUGUCACACCUCCAAAGCUGCCGACACGGUACUAUAUCGGCUUGCUGCAAGCUGGCGAUGGCUUUGUCAAUCCCAAAGAUGACACGACCGAGCCAUCGCAACAGAAGAGAGACCAGGGCGAUAGCGACUCCGAAUCUUCUGACGACAAUGCGAGCGAAACCAGCAGCCUUCAUGAAGUUGAACCUACGGAUUCAAUGGCCGUAGCUGCGGGAUACAAUGAGGCGAAGUUCGUCGGCUUCUUCAACGAAAUACACGAUGAUAUUCUUUCGAAGCGUAAUGCACCAGACCCCGGUCCCAUUCCAGGAUUAAAACCUACCCUUCGCCUUUUCGACCACCAGAAGCGCGCUGUUGCAUCAGCACUUUAUACAAAGAACUCUCGUUUUAAGGGAAUGAUCCUGGCCGACCCCCAUGGUUUUGGCAAGACUCUUUCUGCACUGUCUACAAUUGCCGUGUCGACUGCAAAGAGUGGGAGCAUAAAUGGACCUUGCGUUAUCGUCGCCCCUUAUUCAUGUUGUCGACAGUGGAUGGUUGAGAUUGACAGCUUCUUUGGACAGGAUCAGAUGCCAUCGAUCUGUCUUCUCGGAGAAGCCUUGACCCCUAAAGACUUAUGGAAAUACAAGGUUGUAGUGACUUCGUACUCCAAUGUCGCCGCAGAGGUUACGCGAGUUCAUAAGUUCAUCCGUGGCAUAGAAGCGUAUAAUCAGGGUAAAGCUACCCAACCACCGAAACGCCCUAUGUUGGUACUGCUCUCUGGAAUCCUUGAGCAAGAGCCUCGGAGACCAAUUGGAGAAUGGCUUAUCCUCGAUGAAGCACAUGCAAUUAAAAACCGAGAGAGCCGUACCUACCAUUCUAUUUCAGCUCUCAGAGCCAAUUUCGACGGCUGUCUAAUGAUGACAGGCACACCGCUAGACAACAAGUGGCAUGAUGCCUACGCCCUGAUCAGUUUGCUCCGUGGCCAUCCGAUCACCAGCUUCCUUCUCUUUCAGGCAGCGUUUAUCAAGAGCUUAACUUCAGGACCUGGCUUCCCUGAAGGCUUCCGCAGAGAGAGGUACAUCCAGAUGCUGGACGCCUGCAGCCUUCGCCGACCACAUGUCACGGUUCAACAGGAGUUCCCCGACAUUGAGCAAAAGCGCAUUGUGACUUUCCCCCUCGACCCAGACGAUCUAAAGCGGUCCAACGAAGCGUACCACAUGUUCAAGAAGGCCUCAAGACCUGGCAGCAAGCUUGCUGGCUAG